UCAGUGGUAGGCUCUCAAUGUCGACCAAUGAAUAGUCUUUUCUCGCUGGAAGUGCGGUAGUUACAUUUCGAUCAGCAAAAUGUCGACCGCAGAGCUGAAUCCGAGGCCCGUCCGCGUUUCUCCCCUAAUCAAGUUCGGGCGAUGGACCUUCCUUAUUGCUGGUAUCUCCUGGGGUAUCUACCACCAGAGAAAAUUCACAAGAAUUGAAGAAAAUUUGCGAGAGAUCGAGGCCAGGGAGAAGCCAAUCCGUGAUGCAAAAAUAGCAGCGGAAAAGAAGCGCCUAGCUGACAUGGAGAUGGCGUCGCUAGAAGAACAGAUGAAAUGAUCACCCGAACAGCCACAUCUCAUCCGCUCCUAGUGUACAUUGGUCAUAAUUUAACUGUAACAUAACCGAUAAUCGGAUUAAUGUCUCUGUGCUUCUCAUUGUAUGCAAUACGUACACCACUGAAAAGAAGCUUUUAAUGGAAGUUAUUCACCAAUUACUGUUACAUAUGUUUAGUUAAUAAAUCAAACUGAA